GUUGCUCCACCACUUCUGCUUUCCUACAGUUCAGUAUCAUUUUGUCGGCUGUGAAGGAAAUUUGUAGCGCCGCGCGCAGUGCAUUUUUUUCUGUAACAACAACAACAACACAGCUGAGCGCGCCAACAACAACAACAGCAGCAACAGCAACAACGACAGCCACAACAAAGAAGAAGAUCCAACUACAGCAACAACUACAAAGAACAACAACUUCCCCCACCCAAAAACAGAAUAUAUACGAACUAUUUGAUACUAACGCGUAAGAGAGGGAUAUAUAUAUAUAUAUAUAUAUGACAUAACUGUUUCUGCUGUGGCUGCAAAACGAGAAAAUAAAGGAGCAAGUUGAAGAAGAAGCAGCAGAUACUAGAGCAACAAUUACAAAGAAAGUUGCGAGAGCGCCAAAUUGUCUACGAGAGCGUCGUUGCUCUCGCCAGACACACACACCAACAAACAACAACAAGAAGAAGACACAAACGGAAAGAGAGAGAGAGCGUAGUAACAUACAUAAACUGACUCCAUACACACACACACACACUCACACACAGCAAUACUCUCUCGUCGAGCAGAACAGCAGCUGGCAGCUGAGAGCGCUGAGCGCCAAUUGAAAAAAAAAAACGAUACGAGAGAAGCACAUCGAUCUUCGAUCACUUGCAACAACUUGCAUGCGAACUGAAAGCAAGUGACCGAGAUAGAAAGAGAGAGAGAGAGCAGUUUAGACUACGCCUUCGAUAACAGACAUUGCUGAUAUUAUCGAUAAAUAAUCUUCCGUUACCUUCAAAACACGUAAGGUGCACACGUUGAGAGUAUUUUUUUUUGGGUGUCCAACAACAACAAAAAAAUUACUCGUGCACAUACACACUCUCAGGAUAUGUACGGCAACAAUAAUCCGGGUAGUAACAAUAAUAACGGUGGUUAUCCUCCAUACGGUUACAACAAGUCGAGACAUCAUUUCUUCCCACAGCGAAGCAGCAUUAUCAAGCGAUCUCAACAGCGAAAUCGAGAGACAGAAACGUUUAGUUAGUAUGUAGUGAGGUUAUAUUUUAUGGUUAUUUUUUUUUUGAGUUAAGUUUUGCGUUUUGGUUUCGAAACAAGACCUUAAAUCUGGUGUGAUAUAUCAACUCACUCUGUGACGCAACAACAAAAUGUUCCUUAAACGAAGACGCCGGCAACGCCUCGGUGGGCGUGUAUUUGGCAUGUCGCAUUCACUGCCUUCAGGAAUGUCACGUUAUGCGUUCUCACCACAGGACACAGAAUUUACAUUUCCAAGUUCCUCGUCCCGUCGCGGUUACGCCGAUUUUCCGGGCGGCAAUGGCGGCAGCGCCAAUUCGCUGGGCGGCAACAUUUGCAAUAUGCCAAUGGCCAGCAACAAUUCGCUGAACAAUCUGUGCGGUCUAUCGAUAGGCAGCGGUGGCAGCGAUGAUCUGAUGAACGAUCAACGCUCCAGCAAUACCAAUUUGAUAGUCAACUAUUUGCCGCAAGAUAUGACUGAUCGCGAGCUGUAUGCGCUAUUCAGAGCCAUUGGACCCAUCAACACGUGCAGAAUCAUGAGAGAUUAUAAGACUGGCUACAGUUUUGGUUAUGCUUUCGUGGAUUUCACAUCGGAAAUGGACUCGCAGCGUGCUAUCAAAGUGCUCAAUGGCAUCACAGUGCGUAACAAGCGCCUCAAGGUUUCUUAUGCGCGUCCUGGCGGUGAAUCGAUCAAGGAUACCAAUCUGUAUGUGACCAAUCUGCCGCGCACGAUAACCGACGAUCAGCUGGACACAAUUUUUGGCAAAUACGGUUCCAUUGUGCAGAAGAACAUAUUGCGCGACAAGCUAACCGGUCGUCCACGGGGCGUGGCAUUUGUACGCUACAACAAACGCGAGGAGGCACAGGAGGCGAUCUCGGCACUGAACAACGUUAUACCCGAGGGAGGAUCACAGCCGUUGUCGGUGCGUUUGGCCGAGGAGCAUGGCAAGGCAAAGGCGGCGCAUUUCAUGUCCCAAAUGGGCAUGGGACCACCGCAGGCGCCUCCCCCACCACCCCCGCCACCAGCGCACAUGGCGGCUGGCUUCAAUAAUAUGGUUCACAGAGACGGAGCAAUGGAAAAAAUACGCUCAUUAUUCGAUGCUAUUUGCGAUGCUAUCUUUGGUCUCGAUAGUGACAACUUUGCCGAUUUGCUUGAUGGACUGUACCGCAGGAAGUACCAUUAUCCUUACUUAUAAUUGACGCCGCAGCAGCAGCAGCAACUGCAACUCUAUCAGCAGGCGUGCGGCUUCAAUUCCAACAUCAACAGCAUCAUCAACAACAGCAACAACAACAGCAGCAGCAGCAACCACAAUCUGAAUCACAGCAACAAUCACAAUUUGAACAAUAAUCUAAGCAGCAGCAGUGGCAACAUCAAUCUAAACACCAGCAACAGCAACAAUAUGUUGCAAUAUCAUUCACAUUACCAGCAACAGCAACAGCAACAUGAAUCGCCACAUCAUAAUUUUAACUUUAGCAACAAUAAUAAUCAUCAUAAUAAUAACAAUAAUAAUCACAACAGCAACAAUGGUCAGCUGCCACGCCUGAGCAAUGCUGCCGCUGCGCACAGUAGCAACAAUCACUAUCAUCACAACAGCAACAGCAACAUUGCUGCGCAUAACAACAGCAACAUCAGCAACAGCAAUGGGCAACAACGUCAGCAGCAACACAAUCAGCCGCUUGGCAACAACUACAAUCAACAGCAGCAGCAACAACAACAACAACAGUUGCUGUCACGCCAGCAGCAGCAACAGCAACAUAAUCAGCUAAUCAACAGUUUGCAAAGUUUGAGCCUGUCACCGCACAGCAAUGGCAACAACAGCAACCACAUCAGCAACAAUCUGAGCAAUUGUCUCAGCAUGUCAACGCAGCAGCAACCAUUGCAUGACUUCAACAACUACAACAUGGAUCAGCAGCAACAACAACAGAAGCUGCAUAAGCUGCUCGGCAACGGCAACAGUUUUCAUCAAGCAACCGCAACUGUCACAUCAGCAACAUCAGCAGCAGCAACAGCAACAACAACAGCAGCAGCAGAUGCGCCAUCAACAUCAGCAGCAGCUGCAAAAGCGAAUGCGAAUGCAAAUGGCGCCUUUUUGUGGCCGACAUAACCUUAAAAACUGUCAAUAGACUACAACUAUAACGAUAACGAUAACCGAUAACUGAUAACUACAACUACAUACAUAUAGAGAGAUGUGUACACAAAACUCAUCCAUAUACAUUUAUCAACUUUUUUUUUUAUUAGCUACAUUUAUGUUCUCAACGAAUACCAAUCAAACAUAAGUUUUUUUUUUCGGAUCACUUUUUUUUUCGUUUAAUUCUAAAUGUUCCUCAUUUAUUUUAUGUUUGUAUUUUUUUUGUGCUUUUUUUUGGGAGGAAUCUUUAUGUAAUAGUAAAUUAGCAUUAGUUCCAAACACACACACACACACACAGACAUGUAUUGGCUAUAUCAAAGUGAAUUGAACAGAGAGAUAUAUAUACAUAUAUAGAAAGAAAGAAAGAGAGAGAAUACUAUAUCGAUAUGGAAAUGUGAGGUAUAUCCACUAAUUAAUUUUUUUUUUGCUUAACUUUAGGCAAUCGACUUUUUUUUCACAUACAAUUAUUUAUAUAUAAUCUACAUAUAUAUAUAUUACAUCUAAAACUAAAAAAUAUAUAUGUAUAAGGCAUAAGAUUUGUUUUUUUUUUUAUUAUAUUAUAAUAUAUCGAUUGAUUCUGUAUCUGUGUAUCUAAAAACCGACUUACUGAGGAACUAUGCAUAUAUCCAAUUAUCUAUCUAUAUAUAUAUAUAUGUGUAUUUAUAGCUGAAGAUCUGUUUAUUUUUUUUUUUUUCAUAAUUUAUAAAUGAAUUUUUUUUCGUAUAUAUAAACAUUAUAAUACAAAUAACGUUAGCAUGCUCAAGUUCAGGCUGUUCUUACCAACUACAUAUAUAAAGAGAGAGACAUGAGAUGAAAGCGAAGGAUGGAAGAAGUGAAUGUGUAAGAGAAGAAGAGUAGGAAGUACGAGAGAGAGGGAGGAGGAGAAGGGUUUGGGCAGCACUGCCCGUUGCAGCCCGCCCCACAGAAAAAGGGGGCGGGCAGCUCAAAUGUGCAGCUUAUUUGGGGGGUGGCAACCCUUCCCCCCCGUAACCUGUUGUUCAACCAGACAAAAUUACAAGAAAAUAUCUAAUUUUUUUUUUUGCAUAGUUUGUAAAAGAAUUUUUUUCAUAAUUAUAAACAAAAAAAACACAAAGAAAAAAACAACUUGAGCAUGUUAAACACACACAUUACAUUAAAAGAAAAGAAAAGAAAAGAAAAGAAAAAACAAGAGGAAAAUGGAAAAGUAAAUAAAAAGUAAAAAAAAAGCACGUGAUAAAAUGUAAAGAGGAAAAAAGCAAAACACACAGAACGAAAUGCAGAAUUAUAUUUUGAAAUUUUUAUUUUUCUAUGGGCGUGGCUAAAAAUAAUUGUAUUUUAUUUUCAUUUCAUUUGUCACAUUUUAAUUUGGUUUUUGUUUUGAUUUUCGAUUUUAAACAAAGUGCCACGUCCAAAAAAUCACAUAAAAGAUAACUGAGAACAGUUUUUAGCUGAGAAAUGCGAUAAUGACGAUAUUGAUGAUCUUCUUUCAAAUUUCUAUAAUACAAUUUUGAUUUUUAUAAUUUAUGAUUUUUGAUUUUUGGUAUGCAUUACGAAUAAACGAGCAACAAAAUGUGUAGAUCUUUUAUUUUGUAAACACACACACACACACACUCCCCAAAAGAACUCUCACAUACAAAAUUUUACUUUAUUUUUAAAUAAUGAUUUAACAAUUCGAGUGAGGAACAAACACACACACACACAAAUUUUGAAUCGAAACAUACAUUAUAUAAAUAAACAUUUCCCAAAACAACUUUAUUUCGAUUGGUUUUUUUUAUUUUUUUUUAAUCUACAUAAUAUAUAUUCAAUACUCUAAUUAAGUCUCUCUUAAGUGGAAAAACAGAAAAAUACAAGUUGGAUUGGCUUCGGACCCAUCGAAGAUUUAAUGCCCUUGCAGUUGAUCGUAAUGUAAUUCUUCCACUUGGAUACUAACGAAAGUUCAGGAAUAUAUAUAUACAUAUAUAGAGAAAUAUAUAAUCUAGUUAAGGCCUGCAAGGGAAUAAAAACAGGAAGGGAAGAGCCAAUUGAGUUUUGCGAAUGCAACAACGAAGCAGAAUCCAAACCCCAUUUAGGGGUAAAACUAGCAUUUAAGAGUUAAGAUGGACAAAAUAAAAAAGAAAAAAUUACAAAAAAAA